UUGGCUGUGGGGAGAAGCCAGGAAGGUGGGAGAUGGGCAGCUGUGAGGAGGUGGGGUGCUGGGGGCUGGCAGCCUUGUCCUGCCCCAGGAAGGCAGCAUGGCAGGGAAGCACCAUGGGCUGCCCAAGUGCCCACCACACCCCGCCAGGUGUGGUCGCCAGAGCCAGUCCUCCCUGAGUGAUCUGUGAGAGAAGCUUAUAAAGUGUUUUAAGAGGCUGGCAAAUUACAGCGUCAGAAGCGCAUAAAUGCUUCUGUAAUGCCAGCCCAGCCGGGCCUGAGAGCAGAGAGGGAGCUGGUUCCCAGCCAGGGGGAGACCCAGCUCUGAGGCGGAAGGACCCGGUUUAGCUUGGGUCUUUCGAGCUCUUUCUCCCCGCCCUCUCUUGCACAACUCUCUGGCAGGACCUAGCUCCUGACUGACCUGCCUCGUGCUGGAGUGAAGUCGGUAGGGUGUGGCUCUCUGGUGUCCUCAAAAGGGGACAUGGAAGAGCAGAGAUACAGCCAGGGCACAGGAUUGGAACCUCAGCUCCUGCUCCGGGCUCUGGGCGCUCAGACUUGACCGCGUGGUUGUGUCGGAAGUGGUGGAACAUGGGACCCCGGUUUCAGCUGAAGCUCUGCCCCCCAUUUCCGCCAUCAUGGGUGGGCCUCAGUUUCCCCCUUGUGAGGUUAUCAUCCCAUUGCAGGGUGGCUGUGAAAUGUAAAUAAAAGAACGUGCCCAGGGUCAGUGUGCCACGGACUUCGGGUCCGUUUCUCAGUUCCUUGUCCACUGCCACAGUGGCCCAAGCCAAGAGGAGCAGGGUGGGGACACCAGGCACCUCAGGGGACAGCAGGCGGUGGGCAGGGACUGUGUCGUGAAUGAGGCCACUCCCGGCUUUGGGAUCUAGGGGAGAGUCUUUGAAGAGGCAAUAAAAUUCAUCCCCGUGAGAAGACGACAGCAGAGUCCUGACUUAGCAAACCAAAUUCAACACUUUUUCCCCUGCUUUUUACAAGGUCAGGAAUUCUGGAUGGGUGGCAGGAAAAUCACAGUCUCAUCAAAUUAGCUUUCUAGACCAGCAGCUGGCUUACCCAAGAACAGCCGCCGCCCCGCGGAGGGUGGAUAUAAGCAUCCUGAGAGGCCGAGGAAGGACACAGCCUUGGUGUCUCGCCCGGUGACACACGUCCUCUCUGAUCCCAUCAUGGCCACUCAGAUCUGCACCUCGACCUUCUCCUCUGGCUCCGUCAGGGGCCUCUGUGGCUCGGCCGGUGGCUUCUCCCGAAUGUCCUCCUUCCGCUCCGGGGGCUCUUGCAGGGUCCCAAGGCUGGCUGGCACUGUGGGGUCCGGCUCCUCCUUCAGGCUGGGCCUCUCUGGGCCUGGGAGCUUUUUGCCUGGCUCCUGUCUCUCUACUGGGGGCCACCCCUCUGGCUUCCUUGGGAGCGGGGGCUGGUUCUGUGAGGGCUCCUUCAACGGCAGUGAGAAGGAGACCAUGCAGUUCCUCAACGACCGCCUGGCCAGCUACCUGGAGAAGGUGCGGGAGCUGGAGCAGGAGAACGCAGGGCUGGAGGCCCGCAUCCGGGAGUGGUAUGAGUGCCAGGUCCCCUACAUCUGCCCAGACUAUCAGGGCUUCUUCAGGACCAUGGAGGAGCUCCAGCAGAAGAUCCUGCUGACCAAGGCUGAGAAUGCAAGGCUGAUCCUGCAGAUUGACAAUGCCAAGCUGGCUGCGGAUGACUUCCGGACCAAGUACGACAGCGAGCUGUCCCUGCGGCAGCUGGUGGAGUCGGACAUCAACGGCCUGCGCCGCAUCCUGGAUGAGCUGACCCUGUGCAAGUCUGACCUGGAGGCGCAGGUGGAGUCGCUGAAGGAGGAGCUGCUGUGUCUCAAGAAGAACCACGAGGAGGAAGUCAACACUCUCCGUGGCCAGCUCGGGGACCGGCUGAACGUGGAGGUGGACGCUGCCCCGCCGGUGGAUCUCAACAAGAUCCUGGAUGAGAUGCGGUGCCAGUAUGAGGCACUGGUGGAGAACAAUCGCAGGGACGUGGAGAUCUGGUUCAACACCCAGACCGAGGAGCUGAACCAGCAGGUGGUGUCAAGCUCCGAGCAGCUGCAGAGCUGCCAGGCGGAGAUCAUCGAGCUGAGACGCACGGUCAAUGCCCUGGAGAUUGAGCUGCAGGCGCAGCACAGCAUGAGGAAUUCCCUGGAGUCCACCCUGUCGGAGACCGAGGCCCGCUACGGAUCACAGCUGGCCCAGAUGCAAGGCUUGAUCAGCAGCGUGGAGUCACAGCUGGCCGAGAUUCGCUGUGACCUGGAGCGGCAGAACCAGGAGUACCGGAUGCUGCUGGACACCAAGGCCCGGCUGGAGCAGGAGAUCGCCACCUACCACCGCCUGCUGGACAGCGAGGACUGCAAGCUUCCUGCCCACCCUUGCUCCACUGAGUACAAGCCUGCUGUGCAGAGUCCCUACAUUGCCCCCUGCGCCCCGGCUGGGUCCUGCGUGGCAGCCCCGCAGGUCAGCACCCAGAUCCGCACCAUCACGGAGGAGAUCAGAGACGGGAAGGUUGUCUCCUCCCGGGAGCACUUGGUGCCCCGCCUGCUGUGACCCUGCCCCCCCCCCAAGUCCCCCAAGGAGGACGCCCUGAGGCUCCUGGCUGCUAAGUGACCCCACCUUUUACCCGCUUAGCUGGGUUUUCAACCAAAAUUCUUCUUGUGUUGUUUCUGGUCUUAACUGUGCCUUUUAUGCCAUGCAAAGCUGGGUUCUCCCGGACAUGUGUGUCCCCAAUAAAGUGCAUGCUGUUG